AAAUUACCACCUGAAGUAAGAUGUCUCGUUUAGAAGCUAAAAAGCCCUCAUUCUGUAGAAGUGAACCACUGACAAGCGAACGAGUGAGGGCCACCCUCUCUGUCUUGAAAGGCAUCGUCACAUCGUGCUAUGGCCCGGCAGGCAGGCUGAAGCAGCUGCACAACGGCCUGGGGGGCUCUGUGUGCACAACCUCCCAGUCGGCAGCCCUCCUCGCCAACCUGCCAGUCACCCAUCCCAUUUUAAAGAUACUGACAACUUCUGUGCAGAAUCACGUGUCCUGCUUCAGUGACGGCGGCUUAUUCACAGCCAUUCUUUGCUGCAACUUAGUUGAAAAUGUUCAGAGAAUAGGUUUGACACCCACCACUGUCAUUAAGUUAAAUAAGCAGCUUUUGAGCCUCUGCACCAGUUACCUAAAAUCCGAGGCCUGUGGUUGUCGAAUCCCAGUCAACUUCAGUAGCACUCAGAUCCUCCUCUGUUUGGUGCGUAGUAUAUUAACAAGUAAACCUGCCUGUAUGCUCACCACAAAGGAAAUCGACCAUAUCAGUACUUUGAUUCUGAGAGCCUUUCUGCUUAUAAUUCCAGAAAAUGCCCAAGACCACAUCAUUUUAGGAAAGAGUAUAAUUGUCCCUUUAAAACGUCAAAGAGUUAUAGAUUCUACUGUGUUACCUGGAAUACUUAUUGAAAUAUCAGAAGUUCAAUUGAUGAAGAUAUUACCUAUCAAAAAAUCAGAUUCCUUCAAGGUGGCACUCUUUUGUGUGUCUUUAUCCGGAGACCUUUCUGAUACUGGAGAAGGAAAUGUGGUGGUGAGUUACGGAGUUUCUCUUGAAAUUGCAGUCCUGGACCAGUUGCUUAACCUAGGAAGGCAGCUAGUUAGUGAUCACGUAGAUCUCGUCUUGUGCCAAAAAGUUAUACACCCAUCUUUGAAGCAGUUUUUCAGAACGCAUCAUGUUAUUGCUGUAGACAGAGUUGGAGUGGCUGUGAUGGAACCCCUGAGUAAAGUGACAGGAACAAGGCCUAUUGGUUCCUUGGACUCAAUCUCUCCCAGUAGUUAUGGAAGUGUGAAAGAUUUGUGCACUGCAAAAUUUGGCUUUAAACAUUUUUUUCAUAUUAUUCCUAAUGAAGCAACUGUCUGCAGCUUGCUUCUCUGCAACAGAAAUGACACAGCCUGGGAUGAACUGAAGCUCACAUGUCAAACAGCACUGCAUGCUUUGCAGUUAACAAUCAAGGAACCAUGUGUUUUAUUAGGAGGUGGCUGUACUGAAACUCAUUUGGCGGCAUAUAUCAGACACAAGACACGUAGCGAGCCAGAAGGCAUUCUUAGAGAUGACGGAUGCACCCAGACAGAACUCCAGCUGAUCACUGAAGCAUUCUGCAGCGCACUCGAAUCCCUCGCUGGCUCUUUAGAACAUGACGGAGGUGAAGUUCUCACUGACGGGAAGUAUGGACACUUUUGGUCAGUUCAGGCUGAUUCUCCCUCUGUUGUGAACUGGCCAGAUUUGCUUUCAAGAUGUGGCUGUGGGCUGUACAGCAGCCAGGAAGAACUUAGCUGGUCCUUCUUAAGGAGUGCUCGUCCUCCUUUUGUGCCUCAAACCUGCCUUCCAUGUGAAGCCACGGACUCAGCCGGCAACCUGACGUUGGACUGUUUUACUGCAAAGCUUAGUGGCCUACAGGUGGCUGUGGAGACUGCCAAUUUGAUUUUGGAUCUUGCAUAUGUCAUUGAAGAUAAAAACUGAUGUAAGGGAAAAUAGCAUGUUUGUAUUACAAAAAGAAAAACUAGUGACGUGUCAAUAAAGAAAAAUAUUGAGUGUAUGUGUUCUCUCUCAAA